AGUUACGUCGCGAAAGAAGGCAGGGGAAGGAGAGAGCGAGGCGCCUCCGUUCAGCUCCGUGACGCACAUCGCAAGUGUUUCACUAAGUCUCCGCUGACGCGUAACUAUCGUCCACCAUACGAAUGUUUACAUGCGAAUGAACUCUCUGGCAUUUUUUGCAAACAUAAAUUUGCGGUGUCGGACGUAAAACUUGACGUAUAUUAGGCCAACAUGAGAGGGAGCUCGUCCUACGGAGACAGAGACAGGGACCGUGGACGAGACAGGCCAAGGUUCGGGGCCAUGGGUGGCCGCGGUGGACCCCCACCAAUGAAGUUUGGGAAUCCAGGCGAGCGGCUCCGCAAAAAGAGGUGGAACCUGGACGAGCUGCCGAAAUUUGAGAAGAACUUCUAUGCUGAACACCCAGAGGUCCAGCGCAUUACUCAGUAUGAAAUGGAAGAGUUCCGUCGGAAGAAGGAGAUCACCAUCAGAGGCUCUGGCUGCCCAAAAGCGCUCACUGGGUUUCACCAGGCGCAGUUUCCUCAGUUUGUGAUGGAUGUGCUGAUUCAGCAGAACUUUAAGGAACCCACAGCGAUUCAGUCCCAGGGCUUCCCUGUGGCCCUGAGCGGCAAGGACAUGGUGGGCAUUGCACAGACCGGCUCCGGAAAGACACUGGCCUAUCUCCUUCCUGCUAUUAUGCACAUCAACCAUCAACCUUAUCUGGAGAGGGGAGAUGGUCCGAUUUGUCUGGUGCUGGCCCCAACCAGAGAGCUGGCACAGCAGGUUCAGCAGGUGGCGUUCGACUAUGGGAAGUCUUCUCGUAUCAAAAGCACCUGCGUCUAUGGCGGAGCACCCAAAGGACCACAGAUUCGAGAUCUCGAGAGGGGUGUCGAGAUCUGCAUCGCCACACCCGGUCGUCUCAUCGACUUCCUGGAGGUGGGGAAGACUAACCUGCGUCGCUGCACCUACCUCGUGCUGGAUGAGGCCGACCGCAUGCUGGACAUGGGAUUCGAGCCACAAAUUCGCAAGAUUAUCGAACAAAUCCGGCCCGACAGACAGACUCUGAUGUGGAGUGCAACCUGGCCGAAGGAUGUCCGGCAGCUCGCUGAGGACUUCCUCAGGGAAUAUGUGCAGAUUAAUAUUGGUGCCCUGGAACUCAGUGCCAACCACAACAUCCUGCAGAUAGUCGACGUCUGCAUGGAGAAUGAAAAGGACCACAAACUGAUUCAGCUGAUGGAGGAAAUCAUGGCUGAAAAGGGAAACAAAACCAUCAUCUUUGUGGAGACCAAGAAGCGUUGUGAUGAACUCACCAGGAGGAUGAGGCGGGACGGGUGGCCAGCCAUGUGUAUUCAUGGAGACAAGAGUCAGCCGGAAAGAGACUGGGUACUCACAGAAUUUCGAAGUGGCAAAGCUCCCAUUCUCAUCGCUACUGAUGUUGCCUCUCGUGGUCUGGACGUGGAAGACAUCAAGUUCGUCAUCAACUACGAUUACCCAAACUCCUCCGAGGAUUACGUCCACCGCAUCGGGCGGACGGCCCGCAGCACCAACAAAGGCACCGCCUACACCUUCUUCACCCCAGGGAACCUGCGGCAGGCCCGGGACCUGGUGCGGGUGUUGGAGGAGGCCCGGCAGGCCAUCAACCCAAAACUGCUCCAGCUUGUGGGCUCGGGCCGUGGUGGAGGGGGAGGUGGUGGCAGAAUGCGUUACCGUGGCAGCAACUCCAACAACCCGAACAUGAUGUUCCAAGACGCCUGUGACCGCAGCAUGCGCUCUGGUGGAGGUGGCGGUGGCGGCAAAGACGGCAGUAGCGGCUACGGCCGUGACAACCGCGGCAACCGCAACGGAGACCGCUCCUCCUCCUCUUCCUCCUCCUCCUACAGAGACAGAGGUCGGGAUCGCAGGAACAGCUACAACUCAGGCUCUGAUCAGUACCAGAGUUACUGCGGCGGCGGCGGGGGCUACAACUCCCACAGCAACAGCCAGUCAGUAGGCAGCGGAGGUCAGGACCAGUCCGGCCAGCAGCAAGGUCAGUUUGGCCAACCUCCUCCUCCUCCUCCUUCUCCACUGACAGGGGGGCCCCUGCCCCUCAUGACGCAGCAGUUUCCAACACCACAGCCCCCGCUGUUGGGCUUCAUGGGGCAACCGCCUUAUGCUUUUACCGCUCCACCCCCACCUCCCCCAGGCCCUCAACCCCCCCGCAAGUAGAAUUAUGAGAAAGAAGCACCGAGUUAAUUUGUGCUACUUGGCAUGCUCGCAGUGUAACUUUGUUUUUUGUACUCUCCAACUCCAAGAGGCGGGGAUUUGACGAGGCAUACUGAAGGAGGUAAGGGCUUAUAUGUUCUAUUUGUUUUGUACUUUUUAAUAUACGUAAUAUACGUAUACUUGUGGAAUUUAUAAUUUCCUGUAGAAAAACAAAUUUCUUUCACUAUUUCAGCUACUGUUACUCUCAGCCAUUGAUCACUAAGGUUAAAGUUUGUCUUUUUUAUUUAACAACAAUAACAAUAACAAAAGAACAGUGGAUUUCACCAUGUUGUUGUCCCCCUCUAGUCUCAGCUGUGCCUUUGAUCAGCUGCUUGUGAAUAGAUCCUGUCACAUUCCAGAUACAUUUUAUUCAUGUUCAAAAUCUUUGACAUGUUCAGUUGAAUUGGAAACUAGCUUUUUCACUGGAAAACACAUUUUAAUUAAUGAAUUUAUUUUGGCUUUGUGUUAUUUUCUGAAGCAAAGUGUCCAAAUGUGUUAAUCUUCUUCAUUGUUUUGAUGCCACUCACCACUAUCAGUAAUGUCUCUUUAGAUUAAGAUACAUUUACUUUGUCCUGUCCUGCCGCAAGUCAGAAUAAGUAUGUAUGUGUUUACUUGUAACCAUUUUACUCAUAUAUUGUUUUAAUAAGUAAGUCAGCUGAUGCAGACUUAAUUUCAUGCAGAAUGUAGAAAAAAUUGCAGGGGUUUUGCUUGUUUACUUUCAUUCAUUGUGCUCUUUUAACUGUUUUCACAAUAAAUACAUCUUCUCAGCA